AUUACGUCAUUCAGGCAGGUGCUUUUUUUACUUGCAGUUUUCAGACAAGACUAUAAAGCAGCAGCCCGUUUAGCACUUGCAUCAUAGCCUUUAUAGUUGAUGCACAUCGAUAACGCUAACAUUUAAUUCAAUAAGCCAAUAUUCAGUCGCCCGAAUAGAAUAACAUUUGGUGCUUUGCAAUUGGAGCCUGCUGUAUAUGGACGGGACUUCCAUGCAUUUGUCCGUGCUGUAGAAGGAAAAGAGAGCCCUUUGCACCGAGCAGAAAAGAAGGUACGUUGACAGCUAAGUUGGCUAAGUCUUUUUAAAUGUCCGCAUUCCAAAACGACGACAUUUUGUCAUUUUACGUCUCAAUCUCGACCAUUAUGCAUGAAUAUGAACGUCUCCCCGUGACAGUGUUAUUGUUAACUGACAGACAGCAGUCGCUUCGAGGCUCGUAGCUAACAGCUGAUGAUGAACGUCAUAAUAUCAGCAUUUUGCAUUAGCCGACCGGCUACCGAGCUACGGCAUAGUGGUAUAUUGGUUACAUUCCGUGGGAGGUCGGUCGACGUGACCGCUGUUAUUUAGAUGUAGUUUGUGUCCAGUAUCUGAUAGUUAGCUACAUUACAUCGUCAUAACUGUCAUACUGUCAAGUCGUUUUUUAUCUCGUUGCAAUAUGUUGUGUGCGGCAGAAGUAGCCCUAAUGCGUGCAGCUUUGAGUGGGUUUGCUUUAGCAGUCGUUUCGUGGAGAUUGUCGUUGUUUGUAGAUUCAAAAGAGGGCAAUAAUAGACAUGUUGUGCAACAUCAUUUCCACUGGACACGGUAGCAAUAACACCGGACUAGGAGCUGUCUUCUCGACACGGUAGCAAUAACACCGGACUAGGAGCUGUCUCUUCUCCAAGCACAUAGGCUAGGCUACUGUAGCAAGUGACCGACGUGUUUGGAAACAAGCCUACAAGGGUACAUAGCAAAGUGCAUGAAGACACACUACUGGUCACUCACUACUGGUCACUCACUACUGGUCACUCACUACUGCCUAUAUCCACCAUAGCACUACAGUGCUAUGAAAAAGUAUUUUGCCCCCUUUCUAAUUUUCUCUACUUUUGCAUAUUUGUGAUACUGAAUGUUAUCAGAUCUUCAACCAAAACCUAAUUAUUAGAUAAAGGGAACAUAAGUGAACAAAUAACACAACAACUACAUAUUUUAUUUCAUAAACAAAGUUAUGCAACACCCAAUUCCCCUGUGUGAAAAAGUAAUUGCCCCCUUACACUCAAUAACUGGUUGUGUGAAAACCAAACUGCAUUCCACACUAAGAACAUCAUACCAAAGGUCAAGCAUGGUGGUGGUGUGAUGGUUUGGGGAUGCUUUGCUGCCUCAGGACCUGGACGACUUGCCUUAAUAGAAGGAACCAUGAAUUCUGCUCUGUAUCAGAGAAUUCUACAGGAGAAUAUCAGGCCAUCCGUCUGUGAGCUGAAGCUGAAGCGCAGCUGGGUCAUGCAGCAAGACAAUGAUCCAAAACACACAAUCAAGUCUACAUGAAAAUUGCUAAAAAGCAACAAAUUGGAAGUUUUGGAAUGGCCUAGUCAAAGUCCAGACCUAAUCCCAAUUGAGAUGUUGUGGCAGGACUUGAAACGAGCAGUUCAUGCUUGAAAACCCACACGUCACUGAGUUAAAGCAGUUCUGCAUGGAAGAGUGGGCCAAAAUUCCUCCACAGCGACGUGAGAGACUGAUCAACAACUACAGGAAGCAUUUGGUUGGAGUCAUUGUAGCUAAAGGUGGCACAACCAGUUAUUGAGUGUAAGAGGGCAAUUACUUUUUCACACAGGGGAAUUGGGUGUUGCAUAACUUUGUUUAUGAAAGAAAUGAAAUAAAUAUGUAAUUGUUGUGUUAUUUGUUCACUUAUGUUCCCUUUAUCUAAUAUUAGGUUUUGGUUGAAGAUCUGAUAACAUUCAGUAUCACAAAUAUGCAAAAGUAGAGAAAAUUAGAAAGGAGGCAAAUACUUUUUCAUAGCACUGUGUAUUUCUCAGUGCCUACUAUUGCAGGCGUUAUGCUUUGGUUGUGUUCCUAAAUUCCCUCUGGCUAUCUACUCCGAUUUCAGAGCACUCUCGUCUGACAUGCUGACCAUACCACUCGCGGCUUGCCUGCGAUCAGGACAUGCAAGUUGAAAUAUCAAAACAAACUCUGAACCAACUAUAUUAAUUUGGGGACAGGUCGAAAAGCAUUAAACAUUUAUGGCAAUUUAGCUAGCUUUCUGUUGCUAGCUAAUUUGGCCUGGGAUAUAAACAUUGGGUUGUUAUUUUACCUGAAAUGCACACGGUCCUCUACUCCGACAAUUAAUCCACAGAUAAAAGGGUAAACCGAGUUAGUUUCUAGCAAUCUCUCCUCCUUCAGUCUUCUUCUUUGGACUUUUAAAUGGCGAUUGGCAACCAACUUUAUGGUGCAUUACCCCCACCAACUGGACUCAAAUGUGGACCUCAGUUCAUCUUUCAAUCACCCACGUGGGUAUAGUGGGUACUCCUAAAAACCAAUGAGGGGAUGGGAGAGGCGGGACUUGCAGCGCGUCAAGCGUCACAAAUGGAACCAAAUUCUAUUUUAGCGCCUGGCUACGCAGAUGCUCGCGAGGAGUGUAGGUGCAAUGAUUGAAUAGCAUGUAUGUGUACAUUUAUUUUGCAACGCUCGAGCACGUAACGUGAGAGGUGUGGUCAGCAUGUAACUGUGCUGCUGGCAACAAUUUAAUAACGUUUUUUUUGCCGACGUUUACUGACACCGGUCAAUAUUCAACGGGUGUUGAGCGUUAUUCUGCUCACAUGCUGACCACACCGCUCGCGCAAAAUAAAUGUACACAUACAUGCUAUUCAAUCAUUGCACCCACACUCCUCGCGAGCGUCUGCGUAGCCAGGCGCUAAAAUAGAAUUUGGUUCUAUUUGUGACGCUUGAUGCGCUGCAAGUCCCGCCUCUCCCAUCCCCUCAUUGGUUUUUAGGAGCAUAUACCCACGUGGGUGAUCGAAAGAUGAACUGAGGUCCACACUCCAGUCCAGUCGGUGGGGGUAAUGCACCAUAAAGUUGGUUGCCAACCGCCAGAUAAAGUCCAAAGAAGAAGACUGAAGGAGGAGAGAUUGCUAGAAACUAACUCGGUUUACCCUUUUAUCUGUGGAUUAACAACCCAAUGUUUAUAUCCCAGGACAAAUUAGCUAACAACAGCAAGCUAGCUAGCUAAAUUGCCAUGAAUGUUACGUGCGUUUCGACCUGUCCCCAAAGUAAUAUAGUUGGUUCAGAGUUCGUGUUUUUUUAUUUUUUUUAUUUCACCUUUAUUUAACCAGGUAAGCCAGUUGAGAACAGGUUCUCAUUUACAACUGCGACCUGGCCAAGAUAAAGCAUAGUAGUGCAAUAAAACAACAACACAGAGUUACAUAUGGGGUAAAAAACAUAAAGUCAGAAAUACAACAGAAAAUAUAUAUACAGUGUGUGCAAAUGUAGCAAGUUAUGGAGGUAAGGCAAUAAAUAGGCUAUAGUGCAGAAUAAUUACAAUAGUAUUAUGUGUCCUGAUCGCGUUUGGUGUGGAUGGACAAAAUCAACAUAUCAUAUAAUAUGCCAUUUUUAUAUAAUAUGCCAUUUAGCAGACACUUUUAUCCAAAGCGACUUACAGUCAUGUGCGCAUACAUUUUUACGUAUGGGUGGUCCCGGGGAUCGAACCCACUACCCUGGCAUUACAAGCGCCAUGCUCUACCAGCUGAGCUACAGAGGACCACAGUGUUAUAUGCGAUGGCGCAUGGUCGAUCUAGUCAGCGUGUUACAGUCCCCAACGCUCUGGAUAACAUGAAAACAGCCUAACCAGCUCUGCUAGGGCGAAUAAAAUGGUCAGAGUGAGCUGUUCUCUCAUUUUUUUGUCAGGAAUUAGCUAGCUAGCAAGCUAGCCAACGUUAGCCAGUUAGCUUGGGUGCUUGACUGCCGUUGUGAGGUCAGAACGCUCGGAUCAACCCUACUCCUCGGCCAGAGCGUCCAGUGUGUGCGCUCUGAAUGCUCAGAGAGCGAAACACUCUUAAUUUAUAAACGGACAAUUUGACAACGCUCUUCAUUUACGAACGCACAGAGCGCACUCUGAGCGCACUCUGGCACUCCAGGUUGAAUUUACGAACACAGCCAUUAUCAUUAUCCUAAUAUUAUCCUAACAUAACCAGUCCAUCCUGCAGUCUGUAUAUUAUAGGGUGGUGUUGUGGAGCGUAAUGCUGGGUUGCAGCUCACGAAGAGGAGGAGGCUGCUAUCUGGGAUGGCUUCUGACCUUAACCCUGACCCUGCCUCUGGCCUCCCUACAGAUGGACCACCAUGGACUCCAAGGUAGGGUCAAGGACCAGGGAGGAUGGGCAGGGAGCAUGUAGCAAAUUCAAGAGAUAUAUAUUAUUACAUAUACAUGCCUAUCCCUGUCAGGGCAGUGUUGGCCCCUCUUGUUGCAGGCUUUAUGUUGCCUGUUGCCAUUCUAACAUGACCCUCUCCUCUCCAGGCCACCCCCUCCAUCCUAACCACCAGGCCACCAGAGGGGAGCGGUCUAAGCUGCUGCUGCUGUCCUUCGAUGGGUUCCGCUGGGACUACGUGGACCGUGUCCCCACCCCUAACUUCCACGCCCUGAUGGAGGAGGGGUCAAGAGUUGAGCAGGUUGAGAACGCCUACAUCACAAAGACCUUCCCUGACCACUACACCCUGGUCACCGGGCUGCAUGCCGAGACGCACGGCAUCGUGGGUAACGAGAUGUACGACCCCGACCUUAACGCCUCCUUCUCCAUGGAGACGCAUAGCGCCUAUGAGCCACGCUGGUGGGCUGGGGCAGAGCCUCUGUGGGUGACCAAUCAGAAGCAGGGUGGGCGGAGCGGCGGGGUGAUGUGGCCGGGGUCGGACGUGGAGAUCGGGGGGGCGUACCCGUCACGCUACGUUCCGUACAACGCAUCGGUGAGUUUCGAGAGGCGCGUGGAGACGAUGGUAGCCUGGCUGAUGGGGGAGGGGCCAGGGGAGGGGGUUGGGUCUGUGCAGGGGGGUGUGGACUUUGGCGUGCUAUACUGGGAGGAGCCUGACGAGAGCGGUCACAACCUGGGCCCAGAGAACCCUCUAAUGGACGUGGUCAUCGCUGAUAUAGACGACAAGCUCGGCUUCCUCCGCAACGAGCUGCGCAAGAAGGGUCUGUACCUACUGUCUAUGUACAUUAUACAAUAUCAAUAGUCGUAGAACAGGGGUGGCAAAUGGUUUCUCUCAGGCCCCCCUUCCAGCAUUUGGAACAUCCCCUCCUGUGUCCAUCUGUUUCUAUGGACACAAGCAAUGUUCAUGACACAACUGUUUACGCCCCUCUUUUUGGCGGAGAGAAAAUGUUGCAGCUUUAAAGCUUAGUUCCUGCAAUUCUACACAUUUUGUCUUGGGGUGCAGAGAACCUUUUGCAGUUUUAAAAACAUAUGUUCUUGCAGUUCUAUUCAUUUUGCCAUGUCUAAUGUGUACUCGUGAUAUUUGAGAGACUCAAACAUUACUACAAUAUCUAUGGGCUAGAAAACGUUAGCUGGCAUGGGCAAGUUGAUCUGGACAUUUCUGACAAGUUAUAAAUAUCUCUCUAAGGUCUGAAAUGACUGACAUGACAAGAGGAAUACUGAUGAUGCACGACCCAAUUUAGACAUUUCACCUUGUGCAUUCUACUAUUACAACUUUCAAGAGGAAGUUGAAAGCCGGACUGAGUUCCUUAAAACAAUAAAAUGUUUGGGAACAACUGAUGUAGACUGUCUGGUCUGUAUCUCUCUAUAGAACCACUGAUGUAGACUGUCUGGUCUGUAUCUCUCUAUAGAACCACUGAUGUAGAAUGUCUGGUCUGUAUCUCUCUAUAGAACCACUGAUGUAGACUGUCUGGUCUGUAUCUCUCUGUAGAACCACUGAUGUAGACUGUCUGGUCUGUAUCUCUCUAUAGAACCACUGAUGUAGACUGUCUGGUCUGUAUCUCUCUAUAGAACCACUGAUGUAGACUGUCUGGUCUGUAUCUCUCUAUAGAACCGAAGCCGGUCUGUUUCUUUAGGAAGAUAACAUAGGAACUCUGGUCUAAUCUUGAGACAUGUAAAUUAAUCAAUUUAUCUAGAGACGCAUGUAAUUGAUCAAUUCAUCAAAUAAAUAUUUAAUUAUUGGUCAAUUAAAUGUAAUUAAUUAAUUUUAUUCUGACUGCAUUCCUAGGUCUGUACGAGAGUGUGAACCUGAUUGUGACCAGUGAUCAUGGCAUGACCCAGUUGUCCAUGGACAAGGUGAUCGAGCUGGACCAAUACCUAGACAGAGACCUCUACACCUGGGUGGACAAGAGCCCCGUGGUGGGAAUACUACCGAGAGAAGGUAGGAUACUGGGAAUACUACCUAGAGAAGGUAGGAUACUGGGAAUACUACCUAGAGAAGGUAGGGUACUGGGAAUACUACCUAGAGAAGGUAGGAUCCUGGGAAUACUACCUAGAGAAGGUAGGAUCCUGGGAAUACUACUUAGAUAAGGUAGGAUCCUGGGAAUACUACCUAGAGAAGGUAGGAUCCUGGGAAUACUACCUAGAGAAGGUAGGAUCCUGGGAAUACUACCUAGAGAAGGUAGGAUCCUGGGAAUACUACCUAGAGAAGGUAGAAUCCUGGGAAUAAUACCUAGAGAAGGUAGGAUCCUGGGAAUACUACCUAGAGAAGGUAGGAUCCUGGGAAUACUACCUAGAGAAGGUAGGAUCCUGGGAAUAAUACCUAGAGAAGGUAGGAUCCUGGGAAUAAUACCUAGAGAAGGUAGGAUCCUGGGAAUAAUACCUAGAGAAGGUAGGAAUACUGGGAAUACCACCUAGAGAAGGUAGAAAUACUGGGAAUACCACCUAGAGAAGGUAGGAAUACUGGGAAUACCACCUAGAGAAGGUAGGAUACUGGGAAUACCACCUAGAGAAGGUAGGAUACUGGGAAUACUACCUAGAGAAGGUAGGAUACUGGGAAUACUACCUAGAGAAGGUAGGAUACUGGGAAUACUACCUAGAGAAGGUAGGAUCCUGGGAAUACUACCUAGAGAAGGUAGAAUCCUGGGAAUAAUACCUAGAGAAGGUAGGAUCCUGGGAAUACUACCUAGAGAAGGUAGGAUCCUGGGAAUACUACCUAGAGAAGGUAGGAUCCUGGGAAUACUACCUAGAGAAGGUAGGAUCCUGGGAAUACUACCUAGAGAAGGUAGGAUCCUGGGAAUAAUACCUAGAGAAGGUAGGAUCCUGGGAAUAAUACCUAGAGAAGGUAGGAAUACUGGGAAUACCACCUAGAGAAGGUAGAAAUACUGGGAAUACCACCUAGAGAAGGUAGGAAUACUGGGAAUACCACCUAGAGAAGGUAGGAUACUGGGAAUACCACCUAGAGAAGGUAGGAUCCUGGGAAUAAUACCUAGAGAAGGUAGGAAUACUGGGAAUACCACCUAGAGAAGGUAGGAAUACUGGGAAUACUACCUAGAGAAGGUAGGAUACUGGGAAUACUACCUAGAGAAGGUAGGAUACUGGGAAUACUACCUAGAGAAAGAAGGAUACUGGGAAUACUACCUAGAGAAGGUAGGAUACUGGGAAUACUACCUAGAGAAGGUAGGAUACUGGGAAUACUACCUAGAGAAGGUAGGAUACUGGGAAUACUACCUAGAGAAAGAAGGAUACUGGGAAUACUACCUAGAGAAGGUAGGAUACUGGGAAUACUACCUAGAGAAGGUAGGAUACUGGGAAUACUACCUAGAGAAGGUAGGAUACUGGGAAUACUACCUAGAGAAGGUAGGAUCCUGGGAAUACUACAUAGAGAAGGUAGGAUCCUGGGAAUACUACCUAGAGAAGGUAGGAUACUGGGAAUACUACCUAGAGAAGGUAGGAUACUGGGAAUACUACCUAGAGAAGGUAGGAUACUGGGAAUACUACCUAGAGAAGGUAGGAUACUGGGAAUACUACCUAGAGAAGGUAGGAUCCUGGGAAUACUACCUAGAGAAGGUAGGAUCCUGGGAAUACUACAUAGAGAAGGUAGGAUCCUGGGAAUACUACCUAGAGAAGGUAGGAUCCUGGGAAUACUACCUAGAGAAGGUAGGAUCCUGGGAAUACUACCUAGAGAAGGUAGGAUCCUGGGAAUACUACCUAGAGAAGGUAGGAUCCUGCCUAGAGAAAUAGUCUGUAACUGUCUGUUUUACCUGUCCUGUAGGUAAGUUAGAGGAGGUUUAUAGUGCGCUGGUGGAGGCCAAUCCCAACAUGGUGGUGUAUAGGAGGGAACAGAUCCCUGACCGUUUCCACUACCGUCACAACAACAGGAUCAUGCCCAUCAUUAUCGAGGCCAAGGAGGGCUGGACCAUCACCCAGAACAGAACCACUGGACCACACAUGUGUAAGGAAAUACUAUGUCAACUAAAACCGGUACUAACAUGUGUAAGGAAAUAUUACAACACAUAACCUGCCAAAUUCCAAUUUGAGAUAGUAGUAUUAUAACUAAGACUUUCACAAGUUCAAAUCAUUAGGCUGUCAGUUGGACAUUUGAGUUACCAAUAUUAGGAUUCAGUCCACAAUGACCGUGUAAUUAACAGUAAACGUGUUCCAAGUGUGUUUUUAAUGUUCUAAAUGUGUUAAUCCUGUUUUAACACGCUUCUCUCUCUCUGUAUUUCACAGUGGGUAACCACGGCUAUGACAACACCCUACCCAGCAUGCACCCUGUCUUCGUGGCGCGUGGCCCCGCCUUCCGUCAGAACUACAUGAAGAGUUCCAUGCGUUCCGUUGACCUCUACCCCCUCAUGUGUCACAUCCUGUCUGUCCGGCCCCGCCCCAACAAUGGUUCUCUAGCCCGGGUUAGGGACCUCCUCUCUGAGCCCUCCCCCCCCACACCCUCCACCCCCCUGGAGGGCAGAUACCAGCCUUCCUUCGCCAACACCCUGGGCGUGGUCCUGGGGGUUGUCAUGGUGACAGGGUUCCUGGUGGUUAUCAUCAAACAGAUGACGCUCCGACAACUACCCAGCAGGCACUUCAGGAGCAGAGAGAUGGCGCAGCCGCUACUACAGGAAGAUCUACAGCUUUAGAGGAGAGGAGAGGAGAGGAGA